CACUUAUAUUGUGCCGAUAGAUUCUUUCUCCGUAACGUGUUGUGCAAUUGUAAUUUUCUUGUCAGCAUUUUUGAUAAUCAAAUAAAUCAAUCAUGUCGAAACGACUGAAGGAAAUCAUUUUACGAAAUCAUUAUAAGCCAACUGAGUAUAUAAAUAUGUCCAAACCACUGGCGCUUAGAGACAGAGUAUCACUUAAGAAGGCAAAACCCGAGGCUGCGACUUGUAUUACUGAGAUGGCAGUAUUAAUGUCAUGUUGGAAGCAACAUGAAUUCAGUGAUGCAGACUGUUCAGAAGAGAUCAGUCUAUUCAACAAGUGUCUAGCAGAUGCUGAGCUUUUAAAGAGGGAAGCGACUCAAGCAGGGAAAACAGGAUCAGCCAAGAGACUUUCGAGCAAACAGAUCAAUGAACUCUUAUGGAAGUACCCCCUUCCCAAGGAAAAAUGAGGAAGGGCUCAAUAUGCGAAGAAAUACAAAACAAUUACAACAGUAUCAAGGUGCUAUGCAUCGAGAUUAGAAGUUCCUUUGCACUGUUAGAU